AGCAGGCACCAGAGGCUGAGUCUGCUCUCUCGUCGGUGCAUCUACAGGCCACGCUGUUGACUGUCUCUGUGAGUGGAUCGGGGUUGCAAGGCCUAUCAUCACCCUCUUCUGGUCCAGUUGUACCUUUGCUGUCUCCUAUGGACUCCCCAAGGUUCCCAGAGGAAACCAUCCUCAUAACAGGAGGAGGUGGAUAUUUUGGCUUCCGCCUCGGCUGUGCUCUGAACCAAAAAGGAGUCCGUGUGAUUCUGUUUGACAUCAGCCAACCUGCCCAGAACCUUCCAGAGGGAAUCACAUUCAUCCGUGGGGAUAUCUGCUGCCUCUCUGACGUGGAGACGGCCUUCCGGGACACUGACAUUGCAUGUGUGUUCCAUAUCGCCUCUUAUGGUAUGUCUGGGAGGGAGCAGCUGAUGAAAACCCUGAUUGAGGAGGUCAACGUGAGAGGCACAGACAACAUCCUCCAGACCUGCCUGGAGAGAGGAGUACCCAGGUUAAUUUACACAAGUACAGUCAAUGUCGUCUUUGGGGGUCAAGUCAUCAGAAAUGGGGAUGAGUCUCUACCUUACCUGCCUCCUCACCUGUACACAGAUCACUACUCCCGGACCAAAUCUAUUGCAGAGAAGAAGGUGCUGGAAGCCAAUGGCUCAGCUUUCAAGCAAUGCAAUGGCAUCCUCAGAACCUGUGCACUAAGGCCAGCUGGCAUCUAUGGGGCGGGAGAGCAAAGACACCUUCCCAGGAUAGUGAGUUACAUUGAGAGAGGCCUGUUCAGAUUUGUAUAUGGGGAUCCCAAUAACCUGGUUGAGUUUGUUCAUGUGGAUAACCUGGCAAAGGCUCACAUUCUGGCCUCUGAGGCUCUGAAAGCUGACAAGGGCCAUGUUGCCUCUGGGCAGCCCUACUUCAUCUCAGAUGGUAGGCCUGUUAAUAACUUUGAAUUCUUUCGGCCACUGAUUGAAGGCCUGGGCUACACAUUCCCAUCCAUCCGCCUGCCAGUCUCCAUCAUUUACUGCUUUGCUUUCCUAAUAGAGAUGACCUACUUCAUUCUGGGUAGGCUCUACAACUUCCAGCCUUUUCUCACCCGCACUGAGGUUUAUAAAACUGGUGUCACACAUUACUUCAGCUUAGAGAAAGCCAAGAAAGAGCUAGGCUAUGAGCCUCAGCCAUUUGACCUGCAGGAGGUAGUAGAGUGGUUUAAAGUCCGUGGUCAUGGCAGAAGGGCUGGAGGUCAAGACUCAGAGUUUAUUCUGUGGGAUGGAAUUCUAGUCCUACUCUUGGUGCUAACUCUUCUUACCUGGUUUCCUCCUUCCACAGUUCUGAACAUAUAAAGAGAAAAUUACACAUAGGAGCUGAGCUUACUCCAUGGGUUGGUUUUCAAGAAUGCAGGUUUUUAAAGAUGUUUCAUGUUAUUUGGUACCACUCCUAGGUCUUCAAAUUACUACUCAACAAUGAAACUUUAAACCCCAGGCCAGGAAUAGGCUAUUUCCUUAUGAAUUGUUAGUCAAGGAUGCUCCUGAGGCUUCCAAAACACCAUUGGCUGUUACUGAUGCUCUUGGUUGACCACCAGAACUAGAUAGUAAGACCCUAUUACAAAAGACCCCAUACACUUUAACAGCAGCACAUGAAAAAAAAUCAAGCUGGAACUGAACUGGACUCAUCUUCUCUGCUUGCUAGAUUUCACAGUGCCAGAAGGUUAUGUGCAGACUGCAGCAGGAGGACAGUCUUACUCCUCUGUAGACAUUUCAUACUGCACCACCAAUAACAGGCAAGGUGUAACCUCUUGUGCAAUAGUGGCAUGUCUGCUAGAGGAAUACCAACUACUUACUAAUUGGAUUGGAGACCUGCUCCACAGGAGAGAGUUUGCCCCUGGUACUGUAAACCUGUCCAGAUGCUCAUGGCUAGAGAGGUCAUAGCUAGGUGGGGUCUACUAUUUAUAUUUUGCUACACGAAGAAGUUGUGCCCGUAAAACUGCUUUCUAUAUAUUUAUGCCUAUACCCAUAGAUUAAUGCUGCUCUCAGCUGUGAUCAGAGAAGCUUCUCUCUGUAGCGGACAGCAGUUAUCCUUCAGAGACUCAUAACUGGUCAGAGUGCUGAGAAUAGUGAGUGUUGAAUGCUCAUCUGUAGACAGGACAUCUGUAUCACCCCCUCUACGUCUCAUGGGACUCUGUAGCAAAAGUGGUAGAAAGAAUGCAAACAUUGGAGGAAGGGGGGAGUGUUGAGGAGUCUGUCUUCUGGGAGAGUGACAUGACCACUGACCUCAUGAACUAACAGUAGCCAUAAUUGCCUUAUCUAGACUGCACAAGAUGGAGCCUAUCACCAUUCUGCAAUGGGAGGGAAAGGAGCUCAUGAUACCUGCUCCUCCCUGAGGAGCUGAGGAUGAUUGGUGGUUUCCUGGGAUGGGAGACAAUUUCUCUAGUGGUAUAGUAACUGCUAAGAUGUCCCAUGCCCCUGUGAGAAAUCGUAAUGAAACUCUUUGGGACACAGAGAGAGAGAGAGCGGUCUGAAAAGAAAUCUAGUUGGGAAGGGUAAGAGAUCAAUGGGAGUUGGACCAACGAGGGUAUGGGGGUGAAUAUGAUCAAACUACAUUUUAUACAUGUGUGAGACUGUCAUAAUAAAACUCAUAUAUAAUACAUGCUAAUAAAAAAGGGGAAGGUGGA